AGUAAAUGUCAUAUACUAACCUAACAAAUUUUUAUGGUUAAUGUUUAUACAAAUUUAUAUGAAAUAAAUAAAUAAACAAAAAUUGCAAAAGCAAGAAUGGAUGCAUCGACAUUAGAAGGUCUUGAUUUCGACCUUUAUGAAGUUUUGGAUAUAGAGCCUUCUUGUUCUAUAAAUGAUAUAAAAAAAGCUUACAGAAAAAAAGCUCUCCAAUGCCAUCCUGAUAAAAAUCCAGAUAAUCCAGAUGCAGCUGUAGAAUUUCAUAAGCUCACCAGAAUCUUGGCAAUAUUAUCAGAUGAAAAAGUUAGACUGUCAUAUGAUAAAAUAUUAAGAGGUCGUAAAGAAGCAGCUUUAAGACAUAAAGAAUUGGAUAGUAAACGAAAAAAAUUUAAGGAGGAUCUAGAAAGCAGGGAACGCCUUGCUAACAAUCAGGGAGUGAAAUUUGCAAAAACAUCAGAUCAAAAACUUAAGGAAGAAAUUGAGAGAUUAAGAGAAGAAGGUUCUAAAGCUCUGGAGGAUGAAGUUAAAUUGGUGACAAAUAAGAUUAGAGAAGAACAUGGUUCAGGAGAACAUUGUGAUGGGUCAAAAUAUAGAAUCAAAAUAAAAUGGAAAGCUGCAAAAACUGAUGAAUCCAAUGGUGGUUAUUCGAAAGAUUUGUUGCUCAAAUGUCUAUCCAAAUAUGGUGAUGUUACUGCCCUUGUGUUAUCGUCUAAGAAGAAAGGAAGUGCUAUGGUUGAAUUUAAAACCAAAUCUGCAGCUGAGAUGGCCGUGGAUUUAGAGAAGGGGCUGUCAGUGAACCCUUUAACACUUGAAUGGGUUAAUGGACCUCCAUCAUCUGUACCAAUAGGCCUUGACUUUUUAGUGAAAGGUACAGAAUUCGAGGGUAUGACAAUGGAACAAUUGACACAACCAGAUAUUCGAAAAAGAUUUAUAGAGAAAAUUAUUUUUGAAAAAUUUCAAUAAUUGUAACAAGUAUUUUCUGUACAUUUGUAAAUCGUUGGAUAAAACUGAACCUUUCAGUAUUCACUUUCAAUUGUUGAGUUCACAAACUUACUCUGAGCAAGCUCUGAUUACUCGAAGCGUUCACAAAGUUACCUUCAGUUCCUCAGAGUAUGCUCAUACUCUACUCUCGGAGUAAGUUUGUGAACACACCCAAUAACUACUUCCUUUUACUUUUGUGUCAAUUCUAUUUUGAUGCCAAGGUUAUGUAAAGGAAAAAAUACUGAAAAUAAAGUGUUUAAGGUCGAAAA